GCGGCGCCCGCUUCCUGGAGCGGCCGUUGAGGCCGCCGGAGCCCUGCGGAGCCGUCCCCGAAAUUCCUGGCUGCCCCACCCCAAGUUCUUACUCAGUGACUCUCUGAACCUGUGAAAUGGCAGUGAUGGGAAUUACAUGCCAAGGAGCCCCUGACCCAACUAUCAAGCACAAGAAGGAGCUCACGGCUACAAAGGGGCUGAAUGAGACAGUGAGUGAAAAGCAGAGUAGUGUUUGCAAAGUAGAAGAUUCAAAGAAGGUUGCCUUUCACAGUCCAUGGAAAAUCUUGAAUGAUGUAAUCACCAAAGGAACAGCAAAAGAAGAAACAGAAGGAGGCUCUGCAUCAAUUUCUAUUAUUGCCCAAGCAGAAUGUGAAAACAGUCAAGAGUUCAGCCCUACUUUAUCAGAGAGAUCCUUCAUCGCUCAUAGUAAGCGUUACAGCCGAUCAGACAGUCUUGAUCAAAUCCCUAACAAUGUGGCCCAUGCAACGGAGGGGAAGAUGGCACCUACCUGUUGGAGAGGGAGGCAUCGUGGUAAAAACAGAAAGAAACGUCAUAAGAAAAGAUCCAAGCUGAAAAUACAAACAGUGGUUGCUGGCCGGCGAGGUCCCAGAACUCCAGAACAAGAAAGCUGUACCCCAAUUCCAGUCCAGGAAGAUGAAACACACCAAAGUACUCUCUACAGAAACAAUUUUUGGGUUUCAGAACUUGGCAAGGAUUUGGUGUAUGAUCCGCUGCUGUUUGAGAAACCCGGGAAAGUUCUGUCCGCAGGCAAACUCCAUCCACCAAGGAGCCAGUACAAAACGGAGCUGCACAAGCUUAUUAGCCCUGUUCAGUGCCUUAAUCAUGUUUGGAAACGUCACUAUCAGGGGGACAGUGUUCCGCAGCCUGAAACACUUCAUCCUUUUCCGUACAACAUAAUACCUCCUCAUUUCCCACCUCUGGACAGUCCUCUCCAUGCCAUGAAACUUAAUGCUCUGGGAACGUACUUCCAUGGUGAUUUCAACUAUCAAAACAGUGAGCAUCGCUUAUCUAGCCUAAACUUAGAAUGCAGUUUCCCCAGGUGCGUCAACCAGUCCGUGAAAACCAGUUCGGACAAGAUUUCUGUGGAAGAAUAUUUGGUAGAUGCCUUGAAGGGGAGCGUGAGUCUCGGUGAACCACAAAAUUUAGCCAGCCUAGCCAAGACGUGGAGAGGAGGCGGUCUGGACCUGAAGGAACAAUUCCAAGAAGCAGAUGAAAAUGAAGGCGUGCUACUUAAUGAGAAACUAAAGCCAGUGGAUUAUGAGUACCGAGAAGAGGUUCACUGGACCAAGUGUCACAGUUCUUUGGGCGUUGGCUCUUUUGGAGAAGUAUACAAAAUAGAGGACAAGCAGACAGGAUUUCAGUGUGCUGCCAAAAAGGUACAAGUUGAACACUUCCGUGCAGAGGAGUUAACAACAUGUGCUGCAAUAACAAGUCCUAAAGUUGUCCCUUUGUAUGGAGCUGUGAAGGAAGGGCCUUGGGUGACUAUCUUCAUGAAACUGAUGGAGGGUGGCUCGCUGGGUCAGCUGAUUAAACAGAGCGGCUGCCUGCCAGAGGAUAGAGCUCUUAGUUAUCUGGGUCAGGCAUUAGAGGGCUUGGAGCAUCUUCAUGCUCAAAACAUUCUUCAUGGAGAUGUAAAAGCGGACAAUGUGCUCUUAUCUGAUGAUGGAAGCAGGGCUCUUCUCUGUGACUUUGGUCACUCUGCUCACCUUCAUCCAGAUAGCUUGGGAAAGUGCUUGAUCACAGGGAACUAUGUACCAGGCACAGAAACUCACAUGGCUCCAGAGGUGGUCAUGGGAAAGCGCUGUGACUCUAAAGUGGAUGUCUGGAGCAGCUGCUGUAUGAUGCUGCACAUGCUCAACGGGUGCCACCCUUGGACCCAGUAUUACAAUCAUCCUCUCUGUCUAAAGAUAGCUAAAGAGCCACCUCCUCUGAGGGAAAUUCCACCUUCCUGCAACCCUCUCACUGCUGAGAUUAUUAAAAUGGGUUUGGAGAAAGAGCCUGUUCAGAGAGCAUCUGCAUCUGAACUGAAAACUAAGACCACUGUUGCCCUUGAAGAAGUGGGAGGUGUGACAAGCCCAUGGAAAGGGGAAUACAGAGAGCCUAGACAUCUAGCUUUGAACAAAGAAAACAGUCAACAGACCUCCCUGCCCCCUACAGUGAGCCCAGUUUCUGAGACUGGUUCUGACGGAAAACUGGCAGUCAAAGUUUCUUGUGCAAGCCCAUUCCUACCACCACCGUCUCUGGAGCGAACUGAGGAGGUUGAGGGACCCCCUUGGAACCUGUGCAAGGAGUUAUCUGGGAUCUGGGAUCCUCCACCUCUCUCUUCUUUGGCUCCUCUGCCCCUGAAGAGCUGUAGCCAUGUGGAGAGAGCAACAACCAUUUCAGAACAAGAGCUUCAGCAGCUGGAAAUAGAACUAUUCUUGAACAGCCUGUCACAGCCUUACUCGCUGGAGGAGCAAGAACAAAUGCUUUCGUGUCUCAGUAUCGACAGCCCUUUUGUAUCAGAUGCCAGUGAGAAGAACUCCCUGAAGGCUUCUCAUAGCUUGAGGGACACCAUGAGCUCUGGGAUUCAUUCCUGGAACAGCCAGACAGACGGACAGAGUUUCAGUUGGAACAACCUGCUGAAUCGCAGUCGACACACGGACACUCCCAGCUAUUUCAAUGGAGUAAAAAUCCAGAUUCAGUUGCUAAGCGGAGAAAAUCUGCACAUCAGAGAUUUCCACAGGACAAAGGUGGGAGACAUUGCCACUGGGAUAAGCAGCCAGAUACCAGUCCCUGCUUUCAGUUUGGUGACAAAAGAAGGCCAACCAGUUCACUACGACAUGGAGGUCCCUGACUCUGGUAUUGAGUUGCAGUGCACCCUCGCCCCUGACUGCAGCAUCAGCUGGACGUGGAGAGUCAAGCAUGGGCAACUGGAGAACAGGCCGUGAGGCUAUUUCUGCUUUGGAGGUUUUCAGCUUGUUGAAAUAAGGAAUUGCAAAAGCUUCCGACCACCUCUGCCAUCAAGCACCAAGUGCAGUUGCUGGUGUUUUGUGCUGAAGUAGGAUAGCAGUUCAGCGGCUCACUGCUCUGGGGCCUCCGUUCUUGUUGUCUAUCCUGAUCCAGUUCCAAGAUAUGUCCUGAGCUUCGAUGUUCCCCGGAACAGUGGGAAUUGUUUGUUUUGGGUAUGAGUGUUAGAUUGAGCUUGAAAAUGGUGGGUGGAAAUCCCUGCUUUGCAGAGGACUGUGAUUGUGCUUUCCAGGAGAGUACUGGGGUUGGAUGGGAACACCUGUUGCUCAGCCUCUGAGAUGAAUGGAAGCCAAUAGUGACCGGACUGCUAGAAGGAGGUGGUUGAGUAUCUUCAGUGUAGCUGUAGUUGUUUGUGCCGAGGGGAGCUGGCUAACUUUCUUCUUGCUGGAGGAAAAACUUAAUGCUUCUGUAGGUUUUGAGUAGCAUCAUCUCUACCUCCAGCCUUUUGCAUGGGGAAAACUGAAAGCAGUAGCUAGAUGGGUUCUCUGUUUCACCUCCCACCCUUCCCUACAGAUGCUUCCUUCUUGAAUCAGAAAAGAGCUUUGUUCCCAGAAAGAGCUUUGCUUGCAGCUCUCAUCUUCAUAUCUCCUCCCUGAUUUAGGAGCUGACGCUUCCCUCUCUGGUGUUGCUACCGACAAAGGAGUAAAACAGUCUGGCAGGAAGGGUAAGAGGAUUGUGUUCCUUGGUGGGUAGAGUAGGAGGAUUGUAUUCCUUCGUUCUGCUUCCACCGCUGCUGCUGCCUUACUGUGACUUCACUGGAGCUGUACCGUCCAUUCAGCUCCCCCUGGAGGGAGAAGAAACAGCAGCUCUAUAAGCUCAGACAAGGUCUGAAUUUUGCUGGCACGUUUUAAAAAAACAAAACAAAAAACUCACUUCCAGCUAUCAAUCUAGCCAGCCAUCCGGCCUAUCUGCUGGAGAUUAUUGCCCUGCCGCAGGCUUGGCAAGAGGGAACGUGCCUGUGGCUCAGGUGGCCCAGUUCUGCAUGGUGUUUUAGUUCAACCUGUCUUCAGCAACACUGACAAACAGGCACUACACUUUGUACUCCUUCCUCUGUGUCAAAAUAUGUUAAAGGAGUGGUAUGGACAGCUGGGCCCAUAAUGCCUUAAGCUUUGGUGAGUUUUAUAUGGGUUUGCGAAUCAUUUGGAGCACACUGAAAUUGUAUGGGUCAAAUCCAGACGUCCAGACGUCCAAAUCCAGCUAGUCCUUCUAUAACAAAACCAGAGGGAGCAAUAAGCUAUGACUGUACUUGUUCAGGACUGCACUAAGUCCUUACAUGUCUGGAAGUCAGUUUGACAGUCGCUUGACUGUGUUUUCCAGAAUGCUGUAAGUACAGUGGCCACUGAGUGGGGGAUGAAUAGAGAAAUGGCUCCCAAAAAGCAAGAUGGGCCCUUCUGGAUCCAUGCUGGU